AUGGAUAAAAUUAAAGUAAAUAAACGAAAGAAGAAUUUGACACCCGAGGAACUUAGUAAGUUGACUAAGGAGGAACUAGUUGAAAGGAUAGUCAAGUUGGAAGCAUAUAAUACACAGUUAAAAAAUAUAAUUGAAAAAAGAGUAAAUUCAAAAGAUCCAGUCGAUGAAAAUGAAGAACGAAAGAGGAAAUUUGACUUUUCUAAGAGCUACAAGAGACAUGUAUUGCUGAAAUUCUGUUACUUGGGAUGGAAUUAUAGUGGAUAUGUAGUUCAGGACGAUACAAUCGAGACAAUUGAAUACUAUUUAUUCAAGGCACUUAAGAAAGUCUGUCUGAUUGAUUCCAGAGAAACGAGCAAUUAUAAUCGUUGUGGACGAACUGAUAAAGGAGUAUCAGCAUUUGAUCAAGUAGUCUCACUGGAUCUUCGAAGUAAAUAUGAAUUCAAGGAUCAAUUGACUGAUGAAGCUGUAAAUGGUGAAAUCAACUACUGCACAUUACUGAACAAAGUCCUUCCAAAAGAGAUUCGUGCCAUUUCAUGGAUGCCUCUUAUCUCGUCAACUUACAGUGCUAGAUUUGAUUGUACUAAUCGAACUUAUCGUUAUUUCUUCCCACGAGGCACACUUGAUGUAAAAUUAAUGGAGGAAGCAUGUAAAAGCCUCCUUGGUGCUCAUGACUUUAGGAAUUUGUGUAAAAUGGACGUAGGAAACGGAGUUGUUAAUUAUAUCAGACGAAUAGAUAUAGCUACAAUUAAGGAAGCAACGAAGAAUGAAACAGAGGAUUAUGACAUGCUUUACUUAGAGAUUAAAGGAAGUGCCUUUUUAUGGCACAUGAUUAGAUGCAUUGUAGCUGUUUUAUUCCUUAUUGGAGAAAAGAAAGAGAGUCCUAAUGUAAUUAAAGAGUUACUUGACAUUGAAAGUAAUGAACAAAAGCCACAAUACAGCUUAGCUAGUGAAAUUCCAUUAAAUUUAUUCUUCUGUAACUUUCGUGAAGAAUCAUUGACUGAGGAUGACAUUCCUAGAAAUAUUGACAUGGCUAAUAAGUGGGUAUAUAAUGAAGAAACUCUCAGAGACGUUAUUACUGAUAUGCAGGAACAUUGGUGUGAAGCUAGUGUAAAAUCAGCCAUGGUUUUUGAAAUGCUACGAGUAUUAAACCACGAAUACAGCACAAGAUACCCAGACAAGCCGAAACUCAUCACACAAAUGAAAUCCUUAAAUCGUGAUUGUAAUAGACGUGAUUAUAUGAAACUUACUGAUCGACAGAAAUGCUCGACUUUAGAGGAACGAAUUGACCAUUAUACUAAGAAAAGAAAGCUUAUUAAGGAAGCAUAA